AUGUCGUUGGCUAUCAUUGUCUCCGGUGGCAGCAUCACUAAAACUGGUCAUACUGUUCCUCUUAUGGUUGUCGGUGGAGUUCUUGCAACCAUCAGUUCUGGGCUAUUGUACUCGCUGGACAUAGGUACAGACCCAGGCAAGUGGAUUGGAUACCAAAUUGUCGGCGGAGCUGGAUAUGGAUUGGCCUACCAGGUUCCCAUCAUUGCAGUACAUGGUGCAGUGGCUCCCAUUGAUAUUGCAUCCGUGACGGGUUUUAUCGUCUUCUUCCAAACUGUCGGGGGUGCAGCUUUCGUGGCUGCAGCACAAGCUGCCUUCGUCAACCAGAUUAUCUUCAAACUUGCCGCAACCGCACCGAGCAUCAACUCGGCCUUGGUGGUCUCGACUGGUGCGACCGAGCUGCGAGACGUCUUUACAGCUGAGCAGAUGACUGCCAUUUUACCUGCCUACAUGACGGGUCUCAAGGUCGCUUUCUCCAUUUCGAUCGCUGUGGCGGGAAUUGCUUUCUGUUUCAGCCCAUUCAACAACUUUAAGAAAACUAACGCCUACACGGUAGCAAAAGGCUCUAAGAAUACACCUAUCGGUGUGACUGUCCAAUCCUCUUAG